CCACAACAUACGCAAUGAUACGGCAUAUCCCCAUCCCAUGAAGUCUUUAAUGAGAUAAUAUCCCACGGUCUCCCUCUCCCUCACACGCAGAUUGUAUGGUACUGCCACCAUCACAACCACAAUGCGGCCACAAACGCGAGCACAUGCACGACGAGCAGCACAAUGCCGAAACCCUUUCCAUUUUCCCUCGCAAUUGCAACAGAUAUUUGCUCUGUCUCUCGAAUCCGGGAGCUUCUCGCCCGCAAGAAUGGCAACAGCCUCAUAAGACGAGUUCUGCGACCGGAGGAAAUAUUGGAAAAUAAGGCGAGAUGUGAUGAUGCUCUUGAGAAAUGGAGAAAGGUCGCGAACAUGAAGGAAUUACACGCAUGGAAGCGAGAGAAGGGUUCAGUGGUGGUCGAGAAGACCAAAGGCAUUUCCGAUGAGGUUGUUGCAAGACAUCUGCAGAGGAUGAUUGAGCAGGACACACCUGAGGCGGAAAAGAGUCUGGCGAAAGUAGCUACUUUCAUGGCUGGGAGAUUUGCAGCGAAGGAGGCCAUCAUAAAAGCCCACGAAGGACGCCUUACUUUCCAUGAUAUUAUUAUUCGUCGACCUCCGGACGAUGCAUUGGGUUCCAAAGCCCCGCUUGCGAUUGUUUUACCACAAAGCGGGAAAGAAGAAGACGGGCAAGUGGUCAAGAUAAGCAUCAGUCAUGAUACAGACUUUGCUACCGCGGUGUGUCUGGCUCCCACCGGAGCAGACAUUGCGGCGGCGCCAGCUCCAAGUGUUCGUUAUUAUCAAAGCUCAUCUCUUGCUACUCGCCAUCUCAAAGUUGGAACUCCAGGAGGGAUGCUGCCAUCUGUCAACGAUGCAUUGAAGCGGACCCUUGAUGCGUACGCACGUGCCAUACAAAUCGUGAAGGUGCAUUAUGGAUCUCACCGAGAAAAUGCUGUUCUCAUCGAGGAUUUUCCACCGGAAAUUUCGACAGAACAACUCAAUUCCCUCUUUCAAUCAAGACCAAUCAACGUACAUAUACAGAAUCCCAAGGAGGACUCUGGGAUGUCCAGAUGGGCUAUUGCUAUCUUCAAGACUGAGUAUGAGGCUCAUGUGGCAGCUAGCACCUUUCAAGCCAACGAAGGUCAUCAAUACAGACGCGGCCACAUUGGGCCUUGUACACAUUUGAAGUCAUCCUCAUGCUUUGUUCAAAGGUCUCUGGUUGAAACGAAUUUGGAGGAAAGGUACCAGGAUGCCGUCGACAUAAUUGGACCUGGCAGACUUACCCGAUAUCAUACCGUCGAAGUUAUAUCUUCGACAUUUCAGCCACCAAACUCUUGUGAGCGUUUAAGAUACGUGAUGUUUCACCUCAAAAGCCAGGCCAAUGGCUUUUGCCAAAUCGCAGGAAAACGGGGGCCAGAUUGGGUAUGUGGCUAUGUGCUCUUUCACAGUAAGCAAGAAGCACUCGAUGCGAUUGCUAGAUAUGAUAAUACGCCCAUUGAUAGUCCAUGGGGCCUUCUCCAGUGUCGUCUCAGAAUCUUAGCCGACCAGAUGCCCUCUACUGGAAGUCAGACUAAAAGCUCUGAAGACGGUGAAGUGAAGUCCCAGCACGAAGAAGUUCAAUCGGAUAACAUCAGGAUUGCCGAAUGUGUACCGGACAGUGGAGUUGAACUGAACUCCCCUCCACAAGUGGGAGACGAACGAAUUGUGUGAGAGACACCUCCUCAGGAGCCUACGAACUUCGCUAGCGACUGUACUAUCAGAGUGCAUCUUCCCCAUAAGAUGGACGAAUGGCAGUUACGUGCUAUGUUUCUCAGAGCAAUUGAGAUCCAUCAGCCUCAAAAUACCAGUUAUGCAUUUGUUACUCAUGUUGACCCUCGCACAGCUAUGUUUGAGGCAGCGAGGUGUCACAAGGCCUUUAUCAAAGGCGAAAGGAAUCAACUACUGUGCACAUAUCUAGGUAGCGAAGUAGACCUAGAAAAACUUUAUUCCCAUGUGGUCUUUGCCUGCCUCAGAA